AUGGAGCUGAUGAGUCAUGCCGCCGAGGGAGGAAUUCCUUCCUUUUGGAAGGAGAGCUUCGAAAGCAACGGAGUGAUCGCCGCGCCGCCGCACGUGCACGUGCACACGUACGCCCACGAGCACGCGCACGGGCACGGCCACUCGCACCUGCCGCCGGCGGUGGGCGGCGGCGUGGCGGCCGGGUUGCGCGGGCUGCUGGUGGUGCUGGCGCUGUCGGUGCACGAGCUGUUCGAGGGGCUGGCAGUGGGGCUGCAGACCACGGCAGCGCACGUCUACUACCUCAUGGGCGCCGUGGCGGCGCACAAGCUGGUGCUGGCGUUCUGCGUGGGGCUGGAGCUGGUGGCGGCGCGCACGCGGACGCGCCUGGCCGUGCUGUACGUGGUGGUGUUCGCGGCGGUGUCGCCCAUCGGCAUCGGCGUGGGCGUGGCGCUGAGCGGCGACGGCGGCGCCAGCGACGUGGAGCACGGCGUCGCCAACAGCCUGCUGCAGGGCUUGGCGUCGGGCACGCUGCUCUACGUGGUGUUCUUUGAGGUGCUGCAGCGGGAGCGCGCCGCCGCCGCGGGCCUGGGCCUGCGCCAGCUGCUGGCCGUGCUCGCGGGCUUCGCGCUCAUGUUCGGCCUGCUCAUCGCAGCGGGACACGAACACGAUCACGGCCACAGUCACGAGCACAGUGAACAACUGAAAAUGUUGGGCAGCACCACGGGCUAACUGCAGUAACUUGGCCAUGGAAUGAAAUCGCUCACACGGUCGCCUCGUGGCGACGAUCGAGGGCGGAGAAGAGGGCUUCUGAGGCCAACGAACUGUUUAAAAUAGCGCUUCGCCAGACGUGGUUGCUGCACCAGCGGAUCUGCAUGUUUGCGCCAAAACGGUACAACGGACCAAGCCUCACUGUCUAGCAAAGGCACUACUAGUAACCCUUUUUCUCAUUCGAAUUUCCAAAGAGUGCUUGUCAUCCACUGUGAAAGUCGUCAUAUGCGUUCUGAAGAAUAGCGUAUGAAGUGAAGAUGAGAGCCGCUCAUUGGCUUUAGCUGCAGAAGAGCAGUGCAUAAGUGACAAGCCAGAUGUAGCGGAAGUCAUGUGUGUAUGCUGGAAAAUGCUACGAUGGAGCGACAACAUUGUACAGACUGUAAAUGGAGCAACUAUUACUAUUUGUUAUUAUGCGCGUUCGUGAACUUUUCGGAAUACAAUUACUUCAGAAUACUGCUUUCAUACUUCCAUGGCCUAUAUAAUUGUCUCAGUUGUUAGCAGAGGGAUAUUGAAACAAGUCUACUCUCAUUCUCUGGUGGUUUUCACAGUUGUAAAUGUCAUUAUAAGUUGUUCAUUUAAUUAUAUUAAAUCGUUACAAAAGUACCAAACAAUUAAACGGUGUAUUUAUAAUGUAUCUAGUUUGUUUCAUAAUAAUAUCGGAUGUGAAUAUUGGUAACGAAUAUAAAUCAACAAAUAUAGUAUACUCUAAACCAAGGGAGCAAUUUUUCCCCUGAAUGUAUUUCUCUCCUGAAGUGUACACGCGGGUAUGUUUCCUUUUGAACUGUUCGUAAGCAAAACCGAAAACAAUAUUAAUUGUUUAUCAUGAAAGAUAAGUAAACCUGUCUUAACAAUGGUACAUUGAAUCUGGAGAGGUAGUAUGUCGCGGCCUCACAAUGACAAGGUUCUAACUGUCAUUUUUGGCGAAAAUGAUAAUUUGAGCUGUUUAAUCACUAUAUUGUCAUAUUUACAACGUUUUAAAUAGUUUUUUAAAUAAGACUUUAAAAAACAUAUUCUAAACAAAAUAAGAUUUUGCAUUUGCAUUUUUACAUAUCUUUAUUAGACGCAUCCAAAGAUUAAAAUGCUCUUCUGUAAAUUUUUGAUGAAGUCAGAUAUUUAACACUAUCAUUCUGAGGCUGCUAAAUAUAGUGAAGACAAAUGUGUUUAAAGAUGCAAAUUAAACAAAUACAUAAAAUUCAGGAAAGUCAUUGAUUCAAAUAAUUUAUCAGAGUCAACAGAUAACUUUGUUGUGGGGUAAUGUAUUACGUUAGAACUCGUACAUCCGCUAUGGCAAAAUAAAAACUAUACAAUGUCCGCACUAAUAUCAUUCAUACGUAAAUGAAAAGUUGUACGUUUUUAUUCCGACAGUUAUUUUUUCUAAAUUGAUGCAUUGGAACACCUAAAUAACAUCUGAAAACGUAAUAUUUGGUGUACUUGUAAAAGCUUGUAGGGAUGCGUAUGUACGCAGACGCCUAAAACUUUCUUUGGUACACUUACAUGAUUUGUAUUUAGAUGAAAUACCCACUGUACUUUUUGUCUCUAAACUAUUCUGAUAAUUAAGCAUAUCAUUUACAAUCAAUCAAAACUAAUAAACUGACAAUAAAACAGUACAAAUUAGAAAAGAGCUUACAUUGCAGUUUAGGGCACGAUGAAUAUAAUUACAUUCAUACAAUGGAGAAAGAUAAUGCAAUAAGUUUCGUACAUUUGGAGUUCUUCAUGGCACAUGCAAUACUUUGGAGAAGUCUUUCUAUUAAUUUUAUUAACAACACUUGCUACAACAAUGAUCUUCCUUGCUCAUUUGCAAAUAUGUAUUCAUUUUUAUGUAGUAUUUGCUUACUGUCAAGAAAUUAGCAUUGAUAUAGUGUCUGUGAUAUAUGAAUGAAAUUAAAGUGAACUAAAUUAUAUUGUCACAUCAAACAAGCAAUUUGAACUAACGUUUGCAUAAUUGCAAGACUUUAUUUACGAGAUAAAGUAUGAGAUGUACCUGAUUUAUUUUUGUUGAUUGUGGUAAAUUAAAUAUCAAUUCUGUUUCCCUUUAUUCUUGAAUAAUGAAAUAUAUAAACA